GUAGUUGGAUCUCCAUGCGUGAAAGGGGAGGUUGUUCCGAAGGCGUUGAAUAAGAGGAAGGAUCUUGCCUGCGAGCUUGUCGUUUCUCAAAUUUCUGCGAAUAUCUUGUACGAAGGUAACGUUUAUCGUAAAUUUAAAACUAACAAAUUAUCCGGACUAGUUGCAAAAAAGAGCCGGAUAAUUCCGGUCACAAACUUGUCAGAUGACGAUAAUUAUAACGGUGGUGCCGCAGCAAGUUCGAAUAAACGUAAUAUUCGAACACAAACUAUAAUAUCGCACUUUUCAC